AUGAAGUUUGAUCCUCAUUGUCUUUUGAUAAGAUAAUGUAUUGAAUAAAAUAAUUAUAGAUAAAAAUACAAUAAUGGUUUUAGAUAAUAUAUUUAAUUAUUAAUUUUUGGAAUUUUUGAUUAAUUAUGA